UUCGUCCGUCAUCUGUCAGUUGAGUGCAAAUUUCGUCGCAGGAAGGUCGUAAUCCGGUGGUGUCGCGGAUUGAAAGUGUUUGCCCCCGUCCUCCGUGUGUGUCCCCGCGAGAAGAAGCAAGUGGUCGGUCGGUCAAACUACAGCGUACGCGUGGAGUGAGAGCAAGCAAAGCGAAGACCCACAAGAGUUGCUCGACCCCGGGACAAGCCCGGAAAAAGUACGACGUAAACAGGCGCGGAGGAUUCCCGGUCCAACUCACUAGCCAGUGGUGCCACUUUGAAGGUCGUUCGGACGUGAGCUGCGAGAUGUUGCGAACCAUUGCCGUACGAAACGAGCGACUGCUGCUUCAGGGUUCGCGGAAGGCGGUACUCCGUGAUACGGCCAGCCGGGCGCUCAGCUGUGAGGCCGUCCGCCGGAAUGCCGUGCAAAAGAACGCCCAACGAUGGUCCAGCAUCACCAGCAGCAACGCCGGUCCCAAAGUAACCCUGCAGGUCAGCUUUGUCCGCGGCUACUGCAGCAGCUAUCCGGAACACUCGAAGGUCAUGCUGCCGGCCCUAUCGCCAACCAUGGAGCUGGGUACGAUCGUCAGCUGGGAGAAGAAGGAAGGCGACAAGCUGAACGAAGGUGACCUGCUGGCGGAAAUCGAAACCGACAAAGCCACCAUGGGCUUCGAGACGCCCGAAGAGGGUUAUCUGGCCAAGAUUUUGGUGCAGGCCGGCCAGAAGGACGUCCCGAUUGGCAAGCUGGUGUGUAUCAUCGUUGAGAACGAGGCCGACGUUGCGGCGUUCAAGGAUUACAAAGACACCGGAGCCCCGGCCGCGGCACCGGCAGCAGCUGCCGCUCCGCCACCGCCAGCCGCGGCUCCACCGGUAGCCACUCCACCGCCAAUGGCUGCGGCACCUCCCCCACCACCAGCGGCACCGGCAGCGGCCGCUCCGUUGACCGCCGUUGAACAGCGUGGCCCGCGAGUCUACGCCAGUCCGAUGGCGAAAAAGCUUGCGGAACAGCAGCGACUGCGAUUGGAAGGUCGUGGCUCCGGCCUGUUCGGCUCACUAACGUCUAAGGAUCUUGCAGGUAUGCAGGCCGCCGGCGCUCCUGCAGCCGCGCAUGCACCUGCCGCGGGCCCAGGCAAGAUUCCGGCGGGGGCGGCCUACGUGGACCUUCCGGUGUCCAACAUCCGUGGUGUGAUCGCCAAGCGGCUGCUCGAGUCCAAGACGACCAUUCCGCACUACUAUCUGACCGUGGACUGCAACAUGGACCAGAUCAACAAGCUGCGCGCCAAGUUCAACAAACAGCUCGAAAAGGACGGCGUCAAGCUGUCGAUCAACGACUUUAUCAUCAAGGCGGCCGCGAUGGCCUGCAAGAAGGUCCCGGAGGCGAACUCCGCCUGGAUGGACACCGUCAUCAGACAAUUUGACGCCGUGGACGUGUCGGUGGCGGUCUCGACCGAUCGUGGCCUCAUCACCCCGAUCGUGUUCGGCGCGGACCGCAAGGGACUGGCCGACAUCUCCAAGGACGUGAAGUCGCUGGCAGCGAAGGCUCGCGACGGCAAGCUGCAGCCGCAGGAGUUCCAGGGCGGCACCUUCAGCGUGUCCAACUUGGGCAUGUUCGGCGUGACGCACUUUUGUGCCAUCAUCAACCCGCCCCAGAGUUGCAUCCUGGCCAUCGGUGGCACCCAGAAGCGCGUCGUACCUGACAAGGACUCGGAACAAGGCUGGAAGGAAAGCGACUUCGUUGCGGUGACCCUGAGCUGUGACCACCGCACUGUGGACGGUGCCGUCGGUGCCCGCUGGCUGCAGUAUUUCCGUCAGUUCCUGGAAGAUCCCCACUCGAUGCUGCUGUAAAUGAGCGACCAAUGUCUCACCGAUCACCGCCACCACCACCACCUUCACGACGAACUACCACGCCUUACUUGCAACACCCGGGGAAGGGUUCCCUCAGUCAUAGCCGAACACCACAGCCACCACCACUCAAACCCUCCCCCAUUCAGGUCCCCCGAAGUCACUACCAUCCGCAGAGAGAGAGAGAGAAAGAAAAAGAGAGAGUUCGAGAGUUUUAAGAGUAAAAUAAAUAUUGUGUAUAGUCAUCCAGAUAUGAAACGAAGUACUGCAACAAUACCUGUCUGCCAAUAUUCAACAAAGAGGAAAAAACAAACAAAACAAACAAUUAACUAGUAGUAACACAAGGAUUACGUACAAACUAAGCACGACUUGAGUAGGUGUAGCAAAGCAUGUAAGGCCGCCGUGAUUACCACAUCGCGAUUGGAUCAUUCAAACGAAGAAUCUGUGAAAAAAUUAAAAAAGGAAAUUUAUUCGAAAAAAAACACCCACACACUUCUGUCCAAGCAACGCAAGGCAGAAAUUUAUUAUUUAUUGGUUCAAAAGUGCUCUAAUCUAUCAGAUAGAUAUUCCUUGGUUCCUUGGUCUCCGCCGUCACUCAUCAUCGUCUUAGUCAGGUUCUUUUAAAACGCACGCACGCACGGCCCCAUCCUUCUUCUCCCCCCCGCAAGCCCGAGAGCGAGUGCGUAGCUAGUAAAUAUUGUAGAAUCGAAUUCAUGGCAAUUUUUUGCGUAAUUUUAGAGAAGAGAGAGACAACAACACAACACACCCACACACUAAGUUUAGCAUUACAACAAGGCAUAGAUUUUUUUUGUUCAGCGUCGCGAAUCAAAAUUUGAGUUUCGUUUUUUUUUCGUCAUGGUUCUAUUUUUUACACGAAUAUCUGAAAUUUAACGUUAAAUUUUACUGCUGCAGUCUGCUACUGUCGAGAGUUGUAACUCAAGAUUGUCGUUUUACUAGUGGGAGGAAUUAUUGUACUAAUAGAAGGACGAUUCACCUCAACACGGAGUUGGUCUUUAACGUGUAAAA